AUGGGCGCCAUCAUAUCCACGAUCCAGUCAACUGUCUCAACCGUAUCAUCGGUCCUGAAAACCUUCUCGGCUCUGCAUACUCAAUUCUCAUCCCUCCUUGUUCGGGCCUCAUCCCCACCGAGCUUGCCCGUCCCCGCACCAACCCGCUCAUACUGGCUUGACGACCCGCCGUUUCCCAAGCUAUGCGACAUCCAAGGUGAGUUACCUGCGGAAGCAGAUGUCGUCAUUAUUGGGAGCGGCAUCACAGGUGCAGCAGUGGCCAAGUCACUUCUGGAGUUAUCUGGAGAGCUGAGAGUUGUUGUAUGCGAGGCUAGAGAGCUGUGUAGUGGUGCUACGGGGAGGAAUGGCGGACACAUCAAGUCCACGCCGUACGAGGUUCUUGCAAUGUUCCGCGCCAAGAUGGGGCCGGAGAAGGCGGCCAAGCUGGCGAGAUUUCAGAGGAGCCAUCUGGAGAUACUGAAACAGGUUGGAGAGAGGGUGCCGCAGGGUGAGGUGAGAGAAGUGCAGACAGUGGAUCUGUUUACUGAGAGGGAUGAUUUCGAAAAGGCUCAACGAGAUGUUGAGGAGAUGAAGGUGUGGAUGUCAGAGGAAAAGGCCUUUGUCUUGGAGGCAGAUGAGGUUAGAAAAGAGUUUGGGGUGAACGAGCUCAUUGUAGGGGGAAUAUCCUACUCAGCUGGCGCUCUCUGGCCCUACCGUCUUGUUACGGGUGUGUGGAAUGAUCUACUCGAUCGAUUUUCCACUCUAGGCAUCCACACCAACACACCCGUCGAGAGUGUCUCGCAAGGAUUAGGAUCGUCGCCGUACGCUUACACGGUCAAGACACCUCGCGGAACACUCAAGACACGACAUGUGAUCCAUGCGACCAACGCAUACGCUCCUCAUCUCGUUCAAUCGCUUCGCGGGUGUCUCACCGGCGCCUUGGCACAUAUGUCCGCUCAGCGCCCAGGAGCGUCAUUCCCGUCGUCACACGGAAGACGGUCGUGGUCUAUCGUCUACAACCCGGGUUUUGAUUAUGUGACGCAGAGACCGGAUAACCAAGAUGGCACGCCGGGGGAUUUGAUGAUUGGAGGGGGGUUCUUUAGGAGUCGUCAGCAGGGACUGGAUCAAGUUGGAGUUUGGGAUGAUAGCCAGGUGCACGCCCUCCCGCUGACGCACAUUCGGGGUGUUAUGCCAGCCAUAUUUGAGCCUCAAUGGGGUGGAGGAAGCAAACUCGUCAAAGCCUGGACAGGUAUCCUGGGCUUCACGGGAGACUUGAUGCCCCUGGUCGGCCGAGUCCGUCCUUCAAAGGACAAGGACUCGGGAGAAUGGGUUGCAGCUGGGUUCAAUGGCGAGGGCAUGGUUUGGGCUUGGCUUAGCGGAACAGCUCUGGCGGUAAUGGUACUUGGUAUGGAGGAGGAGAAUCUAGAGGAGGGUGUUGGAAGGCCUGGGGCCGUCAACCGCCAGCCCAUCAUUACCUGGCAUGCAUCACCACUGCCUGCUAUCUUCUUCACAACACAACAACACUUUUCAUUCUUCACCCUCUCGCUUCACCACAUCUUCAUUCACCCUCAUCAUCUCACUUCGGACUUGUCUCGUCUCAUCGAGCGCAUCGACUCGUGGCGACAGCGUGUGCCCAGUCGCCUAGAGCGACGAGAUCCGUUUGAGGGCGAUGGCUUUGAGGAGCGUCCUUCAACCCGUCUUACCUUCCGUGAGGCGUGUCCCCCUGCGCGCCGUCCAUCAACCCGACUCAGCUUCUUCCGCGCCGCCACGCCUCUCUUUGGACGCCCUUCCACCUCAGAGUCCAGCCGCCCGUCCUCGGGUCUUCUGAACCGCCCCGUUGAGACUAAGCGCAAGAGACUUUUAGGGAUUUUCAACGGCAAGCGCAAGCGUAGGGACUCGGAGGUGGAGAGUAUCCCGCGGCAACCUAUCCACCUGAACUUUUUGUUUGUGGGCAGCAAGUCUGCUGGACAGACAUCUUUGCUAUUCCGUGCUCGAUAUGGCUAUUUUCCUGAUGCAAGUUAUAGGGAACUCGACGAUACCUCGGGCGUGCCAGACCUCAACACGGUCGAGAGGUUGACGUACAUUUCUUGGGACGCUGUGUUUCUCUGUUUCAACAUCUCGGACAAGGUGUCCAUGUACACCAUCAUGCAAUGGUGGUACCACGCAUCCCACGAUGCAUUUGCAAAGACCGAGACCUUUCAGCCGUUGUUGUAUCUUGUUGGUUUGAAGAAGGAUCUGCGUGAUCAGUGCUUCCUUGAGGAUCACCGGACCGGUUCUGCACUUUCGCCUUCGGGGCUGAUGGCGUAUCCGACAUGCUGUGUCUGUUCCUCUGAGGCAAACUGGCAAGCGAAGCGCAUUGGUGCGCACCGAUAUCUUGAGUGCUCGGCUGCCACCGGUCAAGGCAUGAGAGAGGUGUUUGAAGAUUCGACUAGAGAGGCGGCGAGACGAGUUCUUGGGGAGGAGAGUCAGGAAGAAGAGAUUGCUGCGCCCAAGAAGAGACGGCGAUUCUUCUGA